UUCAUCAGGAAGAUGGCAAAGAAUCUCGAGGCUCAGAUCAUUUACCCUAGAUUCACUUCUCUAAUACGAUAUCUAGCUUUGAUCUCAUCUCAACCGUUCACGUGUCCUUCAAGUCCCACCCGUAAACCAAACUUUUAUAAAUUCCAUUCACCCUCCAACUUUCCCGGUCUCAUGAAGCGGUGAAAAGAUUAUCACAUUCCCAAAAUACCCUCGUCUGUCAAUCAAAUUUGCAACCUCUGCCCCUCUGCUAAAUUGAAUAAAAAAGAAAAACCAAAUUACACUCAACAAAUCUCAAGCUUCUCUUUUUUUUUUUUUGUUCUUUUUUCUUUGGAAGGGUUGAUUGGGAAAAUGGUAGAUACGGGGGCGUGUGAAAGCGAAGAAGAGCUGUCACUGUUGCCUCAUCAGAACAAUGGUGACCGGUCAUGGCGGUUGAACUUCGAUGGUUUCCAGUUAUCUCCUGAACACAAAGACAAAAAGCCUCUUCGUAGCCAUGAUUGCCUUGGGGUUUUAGGACCAGAAGAUAACGUGGCUGAAUACUAUCAGCAGCAGGUAGAAAUACUUGAAGAUUUUAAUGAAAUGGAUGCCUUAGCUGAGCGUGGUUUUAUUCCUGGAAUGUCCAAGGAAGAGCGGGAAAAGUUGGCUAGAAGUGAGACAUUAGCCAUUAUAAUUUCCAAUAUUGCAAACAUGGUUCUUUUUGCUGCAAAAGUUUAUGCUUCCAUCAGAAGUGGCUCAUUGGCUAUAAUUGCAUCCACAUUAGACUCGCUUCUUGAUCUUCUGUCUGGCUUCAUCCUCUGGUUUGCUGCAUUCUCCAUGUCAACACCAAACCCGUAUCUGUACCCAAUUGGAAAGAAAAGAAUGCAGCCACUGGGUAUCCUUGUUUUUGCCUCUGUCAUGGCAACUCUUGGACUGCAGAUAAUCUUGGAGUCAGGGCGAACAAUUGUAUCAGAUGAGGAUGAAUUCAAUCUGACGAAGGAGCAAGAGAGAUGGGUUGUUGGCAUUAUGAUUGGAGUGACCCUGGUAAAGCUUCUCCUGGUGUUUUAUUGCCGCUUAUUUACCAAUGAAAUUGUCAAAGCUUAUGCCCAGGAUCAUUUCUUUGAUGUUAUCACAAACAUCAUUGGCCUUGUUGCUGUGCUACUUGCUAAUUACAUUGACGACUGGAUGGACCCUGUCGGAGCUAUCAUUCUGGCGGUGUACACAAUCCGCACAUGGUCAAUGACAGUAUUCGAGAAUGUGAACUCAUUGGUUGGAAGAUCAGCAGCUCCAGAAUAUCUGCAGAAAUUAACCUAUCUAUGUUGGAACCACCACAAGGCCAUUAGACACAUCGAUACAGUUCGAGCUUACACCUUCGGAUCUUACUACUUCGUGGAGGUUGACAUCAUACUCCCAGCAAACAUGCCAUUGCAAGAAGCUCAUGACAUCGGAGAAUCCUUGCAAGAGAAGCUCGAGCUACUGCCUGAGAUUGAGCGUGCUUUUGUUCAUCUUGAUUAUGAAUACAGUCACAAACCUGAACACGCGCGGGCACAUACAUUAUAGAUAAAUAAUUUUAC